GGCGGUGUUGCCUGGCUCUCCGGAAGGAGACGUGGCGGCGGUUGAGUCUCCUGCGCUGAGGAAGCUUGGUCGUCCUGCCGCCGCCUCCUUCUCCUCCUCCUACACCUGUUCUCCAAGGGUAGAGGAGGCUGUGACGGCGGCUGGAGGACGCGGCGACGGAGGAUGGAGGAAGGAGGCGGCGGCGUGCGGAGCCUGGUCCCCGGAGGGCCGCUGUUGCUGGUCCUGUGCGGUCUCCUGGAGGCGUCCGGCGGCGGCCGAGCGCUGCCCCAGCUCAGCGACGACAUCCCCUUCCGCGUCAACUGGCCCGGCACCGAGUUCUCUCUGCCUACAUCUGGAGUUUUAUAUAAAGAAGAUAAUUAUGUCAUCAUGACAACUGCACAUAAAGAAAAAUACAAAUGUAUACUUCCUCUUGUGACAAGUGGGGAUGAGGAAGAAGAAAAGGAUUACAAAGGCCCAAAUCCAAGAGAACUUUUGGAACCACUAUUUAAACAGAGCAGUUGUUCCUACAGAAUUGAAUCUUAUUGGACUUAUGAAGUAUGUCAUGGAAAACAUAUUCGACAGUACCAUGAAGAAAAAGAAACUGGCCAAAAAGUAAAUAUUCAUGAAUACUAUCUUGGGAAUAUGUUGGCUAAGAAUCUUCUGUCUGAAAAAGAACAAGAAACAGAAGAAAAAGAAAAGUUCAGUGAGAUCCCCACUAAAAAUAUUGAAGGUCAGAUGACACCCUACUAUCCUGUGGGAAUGGGAAAUGGUACACCUUGUAGUCUGAAACAGAACAGACCCAGAUCAAGCACUGUGAUGUAUAUAUGCCAUCCUGAGUCUAAGCAUGAAAUCCUCUCAGUAGCUGAAGUUACAACUUGUGAAUAUGAAGUUGUCAUUUUGACACCACUUUUGUGCAGUCAUCCUAAAUACAGAUUCAGAGCCUCUCCUGUGAAUGAUAUAUUCUGCCAAUCACUGCCCGGAUCUCCAUUUAAACCCCUCACACUGAGACAGUUGGAGCAGCAGGAAGAGAUACUGAGGGUGCCAUUUAGGAGAAAUAAAGAGGAAGAUUUGACAUCUGCAAAGGAAGAGAGAUUUCCAGCCAUCCACAAACCUAUUGCUAUUGGCUCUCAGCCAUUGCUCACCGUUGGAACAACCCAUAUAUCCAAGCUGACAGAUGACCAGCUCAUAAAGGAGUUCCUUAGUGGCUCUUACUGCUUUCAUGGGGGUGUUGGUUGGUGGAAAUAUGAAUUCUGCUAUGGCAAACAUGUAUAUCAAUAUCAUGAGGACAAAGAUAAUGGGAAGACUUCUGUGGUUGUGGGGACAUGGAACCAAGAAGAGCAUGUUGAAUGGGCUAAGAAAAACACUGCUAGAUCUUAUCAUCUUCAAGAUGACGGCACCCAGACAGUCAGGAUGGUGUCACAUUUUUAUGGAAAUGGGGAUAUUUGUGAUAUAACUGACAAACCCAGACAAGUGACCGUAAAACUAAAGUGUAAAGAGUCAGAUUCUCCUCAUGCUGUUACUGUGUAUAUGCUCGAGCCUCACUCCUGCCAGUAUAUUCUUGGGGUUGAAUCUCCAGUAAUCUGUAAAAUCCUAGAUACAGCAGAUGAAAAUGGACUUCUUUCUCUCCCAAACUAAAUUAAAAUUGAAGGGAAGAAAGAUGAUUCAAAGUCCUUGCUUCCUCCUGACCAUUGGACCCUGUCUACAGUAUCACAUGAAAGGACUGGCAACCUCGCUGUGAAAUACAUGUGUAUAUAAGAGGUCAUUGAUAAACUUAUAAGGCAGACAUUUGUCUCACUUCAUUUAUUUUGGUGUUACAUGAAUUGAUUUCGUUUUGACUUUGCUUGGAUAGUGUGUGAUUUCAAAAUCUGAUUCAAGCAGUUUAGCCUUCACCCCAUCCAAAUGUCAUAAUCUUGUACUUGUUGGAAUACUUUUAAGUAUUAUACUUAUUGUGUAAAUUACAGCAUAUAUAAUGAGCUAAAGAAGUAAAGAUAAUGAAGAGAAGUUGCUAGGAGAGAAAAUGUGUGCAAUUCUAAUGCCUGAGAUGCUCUCAACAAACUUUUCUGCUGCAGUUGCUCCAGGCAGGCACUGAGCUAGAAGUGGGGACAGAGUAGAGCCUCACAGAUAACCCCACACCACUGGGAUCUCAAGAAACUCUUUUAUGAUUAUUCUUAUAAAUGAGUUUAUUACCAGUGUAUAGGUUGGUGUCUUCCUUAAAUUAGAAUGGUUCAUUCUAAAACUCACUGUGAUGGCUCUCUAUUGUACCUGCCUGCUGUAUAUUAUAAAUCAUAUUUCUGGAUAGUUUUACAGCGUAGUAUUUAUUUCAAAGAGAAUAAAAUGUUCAUAAGCAGUCUU